AUGGCCAACGUGCUGCCCUCCUGCCUGCUCCUGGUCCUGCUGCUCCUGGCCCCCGCCCUGCCCGCGCCCCACGAGCGGGGGCUCAUCUUAAACUUGAGCAUCCAUUGCAAGAGCGGCUUCUGCCACCGGAAAAACGGCCUGAGCCUGGCCCGGUGCGCCAUGAAGGCGGCUGAGACCCAGGAGUGCUCCCCAAAGAGCCUCUACGGGGUCUACUACAAAAGAGCAUCGUGGGCUCCAUCACCAACAGCAACUUCGGCAUCUGCAAGGACCCCCGCAGCUCCAAAGGGCCGCAGUGAAGGUGGAGACCCCAACCCCAGGCUGCCCCUGUGCCCUGCUUUUCCCCCUCCCCAGGGGUGCCUGGACCUGCCCGUGCUGCCCUGGCUGUGA